AUGCCCAUCGCCGUUGCUCCGGCUCCGCGCGGCCACUACUCGCUCGCGAAUGCCAUUCGGGGCAGGAGUAGAGCCGCGUCAGAGGUCGGCCCGCAGCCUCCCCAGGAAACUCAGCGCGCCCAGCUACCCAAGGCCGCCUCGUACACGUACUUCCCCCAGGUCAAGGACAUCAAUACUGAUGUGCCGGUGGUAGAACUCAGAGGCUCCGAAGACGAUGUCGAAACUGGCAAGAGCGAAGAGCGAACGUCUGAGAGCAACUCAGGUGGAUCGAGCCCCUCCUCAGAAGAGGCUCCGGACAUAGCUGGUGUGGAAAUGCCGCAACUCAGGCCCAACAAUCUCUCGCGUCGUUCCUCGCGAUUUCUCCCCUUCUCCAGCCGGAGCAGAGAACCGUCAGCUGAACGCAAGACGGACAAGAAGGCUGAACGCGGCCGGACCGAUGCUGUGAAGAAGCAACAAUCAGAGUCCCCGGCUGGCUCCCCGUCGCGCUCCCUCACCAACCUGCGGAGGAAGUCGUGGGUCAUAAAAGAGCAACCGGGAGAUUCUUCGUCGCCUGUGAAAGAAAAGAAACUCAAGAAGAAGAGUGCCACCGACAAGGAGCAGCCCACUACUACUACCACUGCUGAGCCAAACAAGCGCAAGACACCAACGACUACAACCACAACCAGCAUUCCAGAGGAGUCUGAAGCGAGAGACGUCGUGAAAGAAGACAUUCCACCGCCGGCGCCUCUCAACAAGAAGAACAAGCGCCUUAGCGGUCUCUUUGCCAAUUCAAGCAGUGCCUCCAACCUGCCCUCUGUACCCAAGUCCUUCUCGACAGAAAAACUUCCACACUACCCGCAAAACCACAAUCCAGUCAGCCCGACCCACGUUGUUCCGCCGCUACCACGCAACGUAUCCGCGGAAAAGCUCAAGGGUGUCAAGACGGAGCCUCGCAAGAAAGAUGAGCUAUGGACCGCGUUCAGGACUCUCGACGCAGAUCUGCGCAAAUUCCAAUCCAAGUCCAGUUCGCUGAAAGCAAACGUCGUCCGGACCACCCUCCUGCCUUUUCUCCGCCAAUAUACCGCACACCCUUCAAACCACAAGCUCCGGCCAGAAGAUCUCGAUCGACGCGUCAACAUCCUCAACGGAUGGUGGACCGGCCUCUUGGAACUUGUUGCAGGGCGGAACAAUCAGUCGAUAUCUGGCACAGAUCGUCCAGUCAUUUUGGAAGGAAUCGCGGCCAUCAUGGAGAGACCCGAAUGGAGACUUUACCCGUCUCCUUUCUGUGCUCUUGCAGACCGCGAAGAGACGUUGUCCACGUCUACAACCGGCUCUGCUUCGUCUAGCCAAUCCGACUUCCUCGCCGAAUCCGUUUACCACAACGUUCGAAAUAUAUUUACGCAGAACCUGCAAUCUCAGAUGUCUUUCGUUGUAGAGAAAAUGUCGUUACGGAACGCUGCAGCUAGCCUGGUCACCUUUUGUGGAAAGACGUGCGCAUAUGCUUUUUGCUUCUGCCCAGGCGUCGCCGAUGUGUUGGUGCGCCUGUGGAGUCCCUCACUCGACAUGAUGAAGCGGGUCAUGGAGGAGUCUGGUGUCUCUAAGCUAGACCGACUGGAUGCUGUCUCAGAUCGAGUUGUGGCUGCUUUCCCUCCCAUGCUUCAUUCCUUGAAGUUGCUCUCGCUCAACCGACUCUUACGCCAGUUGCACAAGCCUGUGUUGCCCCCACUCGCCAUGGCGAAUCUUGACUGGUAUGGGCUUUGGACCAAGCGCUGGUCUGGCGCUGAAAGUGAUCUUUUCUAUGUAUUUGUCAAGCAUUUCCAUAUUCUAGUCAGCGAAUUCCUGCCUGUUGAGCCCAGUCAAGCGGAGCGCAUCUGCGUGCCAGGACUCAUCAUGGUACAUGCCCAGAUAUUGGUCAACCUUGAUGCGACAAUCAACAGGAAUACCGCGCCGCAACAGCCAGUGGAGGAUCCAUCGAGGGCAGCAGACAUCACGUUCGAUGAUGUUCUAGAACCCGACGCUUCUGCCUCAAACAUCGCCCUCCCACCCGCGAAUGCUACCCGAAUGAUGCAGGAGAAUCGACUUAUUAUGCUAAUACGGGAUUUCCUUUCCGAGCGGAACUCGCAUCUUCAUAUUGCCAGGCGUAUGUUUGCCGACAGUUUUGCUCGUCUCCUCCAGGCCCAGGCGCGUAAAAUUUCCAUCUACGACAACAGUGCCUGUUACACUCUCUGUGACUUUCUCGAAGAGGCUCUCAUUAUCAUGGUCCGCUACGAACAGCACGAUAGCGAUCAACACGCGGUAAUGGAUUGGCCAUUCUGGCUUACUGUCUUCAAGGCAAUGGCCGCCAGUCAUAACACAGCUACAGAAAUCAAACUGUACGCAUUCCUCUACAGCAGCUGGUGCACGCUGUGUAUGGACGAGCGAAGAAAGAGUGGAUUGUGCCUUGACUUCCUUCUGGAACCCGCUUUCUUCGAAAGCCGGUUCAACCACUGGUGCCCUAUGGUACGGUCUUACUUUAUGCGACUGAUCUGCUGGCGGGUUGCGCGUUACGAUGGAAAUGAGACCGAUGUUGAAGUUGCCAUAAAACGAGCUUUGAGUGACCGUCUCCGGUCCAUCUGGUCUCACUACCUUUGGCUUCAAGAAGAAGCUGAGCGUAAGCAGAUCAUCUACCCGUCGACCCAGGCAUGCAAUCCUGCACCAGGCCGACGUUUCCUAAUCAUACGUAAUGAUAAUCCUGUUGUGGCCAAUAACGGCCCGUUCCUUUCGUUUGACGGCGUCGUACAAAACCCUAAUCAACGAAAGCCAACUCCGACCAGCACCACUAUCCCGGAAGCUGAGAUCCGACCAGCCUCCGCCGUGUCUGCCGAUUCAAGCGACUUUCCUGACGAGGAGUCCGGCAAGGGCAAGUGGAACAUUUUGCGAAGUCUCAUGGGAGGCAGCUCGAAGCAGACCGCGAAGGCGAAGAGCCCUGCACCAUCCAUUAAAGAAAAGGAGAAUUCGAGCAAGACAUCAUCCCCUGCCAAGUCCACGACCGAAGCACUUGCCAACACCGCAUUGGCAUCCGUUCCCGCCCCCGUAUCCAUCCCCACACAACCACCACCCUCUACCCACCGCACCUACAACUUCCGCUUCUCCCUCGAAUGGGUCGACAAGCGCUUUGGUACCUACCACAACAUGCGUCUUCAACCCCCCAAACUGCCUGCUCCCGCCCAAUCCCUGCUUCAACAAAAGGGAAUCAAUACAGAGCCUGUGUUAGCUACGCCUCCAAUUGGUGCGGCGGCCACGUCAAGUACGUAUGCUGGAAGAGCACUGGCGGAAUGGACGUUUGUUAGUCACGAAUGCCAGAACUUCUUUGAUAGGAGAAAGAAUGAAGGCGUGCCGACCAACAGGCAGGUCGAGACGCCUACGCUUAAUGUUGAGGCUUUCAGGAGGCCGGGGUAA